UCUGUCUCACCCUUUGCCCAGAGUCCGGCUGGAACAUGGCGGCGAAGCCCGGAGGCGCCGCACCGCGCUGGGCUGGCUCUGACAGGAAAGCGGCUCAACCUCACUCCAAGUCUUCCUUCUGCCCGCAGGAAUCGGAGAAGGUGGCGGCGGUGGGGAUGGCGGGCCCGGGGGCCGGAGCUCCGCAGCAGCAGCAGCAGCAUGCGGCCGGAGGCGGCCCGGGAGCCACCGGCGACGAGUCCUCCGACAGCGAAGGGGAGCACGAAGGGCCACAAAAACUCAUCAGGAAAGUGUCGACCUCCGGGCAGAUCAGGAGCAAGACCAGUAUAAAAGAAGGAUUUUUACUGAAGCAAACCAGCUCAUUUCAACGCUGGAAAAGAAGAUACUUCAAGCUGCGGGGAAGGACGCUUUAUUAUGCCAAGGAUUCAAAGUCUCUCAUUUUCGAUGAAGUUGACCUGUCUGAUGCCAGCGUUGCCGAGUCCAGCACAAAAAACGUGAACAACAGCUUCACGAUAAUCACACCAUUCAGAAGACUAAUUCUUUGUGCUGAAAACAGAAAAGAAAUGGAAGACUGGAUCUCUUCAUUAAAAUCUGUGCAGAGUAGAGAACACUAUGAGACUGCACAGUUUAACGUGGAGCAUUUCUCAGGGAUGCAUAACUGGUACGCCUGCUCCCAUGCCCGACCUACAUUCUGCAAUGUCUGCCGAGAAAGUCUCUCUGGCGUCACCUCUCAUGGACUUUCCUGUGAAGUUUGUAAGUUCAAAGCCCAUAAGAGGUGUGCUGUGAGGGCAAUCAAUAACUGCAAAUGGACAACCCUGGCAUCAAUCGGUAAAGACAUCAUCGAGGAUGAGGAUGGGAUUGCCAUGCCUCAUCAGUGGCUGGAAGGUAACCUACCUGUUAGUGCCAAAUGUGCCGUGUGUGACAAGACAUGUGGGAGUGUUCUCCGACUACAAGACUGGAGAUGUCUCUGGUGCAAAGCCAUGGUUCACACGGCUUGCAAGGAACUGUAUCCCCGAAAAUGUCCUCUGGGCCAGUGCAAAGUGUCCAUUAUUCCUCCCACUGCACUGAACAGCAUUGAUUCUGAUGGUUUCUGGAAAGCCAGUUGUCCACCAUCUUGCGCCAGCCCACUUUUAGUCUUUGUCAACUCUAAGAGCGGAGACAAUCAAGGGGUAAAGUUCCUCCGAAGGUUCAAACAGUUAUUAAACCCAGCUCAGGUCUUUGAUCUUAUGAAUGGAGGACCUCAUCUUGGUUUACGGUUGUUUCAAAAAUUUGACAAUUUCCGUAUUCUGGUUUGUGGAGGAGAUGGAAGUGUUGGAUGGGUUUUAUCUGAGAUUGAUAAAUUAAAUCUACACAAGCAGUGCCAGCUUGGAGUUCUGCCACUCGGAACAGGAAAUGAUCUAGCACGGGUCCUUGGCUGGGGUGGUUCAUGCGAUGAUGACACACAGCUUCCACAGAUUUUGGAAAAAUUGGAACGAGCCAGCACCAAAAUGUUAGACAGAUGGAGCAUUAUGACGUAUGAGAUAAAAAUACCACCGAAACAUGCCCUGGCUGUGACCCCAGAGGAGGAUGCUGAGGAAUCCCAAUUGCAGAUAUCAGCCUAUGAAGAUUCAGUUGCUGCUCACCUCACCAAAAUCCUCAACUCCGACCAGCACUCGGUUGUCAUAUCAUCUGCCAAAAUCCUGUGCGAGACUGUGAAGGACUUCGUUGCCAAAGUUGGCAAAUCAUAUGAAAAGACCAACGAAAAUACAGAAGAGAGUGAAACACUGGCCAAUAAAUGCUCAGUGCUAAAUGAGAAGCUGGACUCGCUGCUGCAGGCUCUGAGUGAUGAAUCGCAGACCGUGACCAGCCACCACUGCACGACACCGCCCAUUGCAGAGGAGGAAGGAGAAGAAGAGGAAUUUAGUGAGGAGUCCUCAUCUGAGAGCAAGGAGCAAGCACUGGAAAUGAUCUCAGCUAGGUCUUCCACGCAAACGUUCUACAAACCAAGGGAACAGCUUAUGCUUCGGGCAAAUAGUCUGAAGAAAGCAGUGAGGCAGAUCAUCGAACAAGCAGAGAAAGUUGUGGAUGAACAGAAUGCACACACCCAAGAGCAAGUUGAAGUGGAGCUGAAAAAGGAAAUUGAGGAACACUUGAAGGAAGAGGAGGAGGAGGAGGAGAAGGAGGAGGAUGAGACCAAAGAACCUGAUGUGCAAACAGCUCUGCAAUCUGCUCAAAGAUCCCCUCCAGAGAGACGAAUCCAUCGCACUACCACUUCAUUCACUGGUCCAUUCACAACCUCACAAUUGACUGCGAGCAAAGAAAAUCUUCCAGUACUGAACACCAGAAUCAUCUGCCCAGGUUUGCGAGCUGGACUUGCUGCCUCCAUCGCUGGAAGCUCAAUCAUCAGCAAAAUGCUACUUGCAAACAUUGAUCCUUUUGGAGCAACGCCAUUCAUUGACCCCGACCCAGAUUCACUAGAAGGUUAUACUGAAAAGUGUGUUAUGAACAAUUAUUUUGGAAUUGGAUUAGAUGCAAAAAUCUCUUUGGAAUUUAACAACAAACGUGAGGAACAUCCUGAGAAAUGCAGAAGCCGAACGAAGAAUAUGAUGUGGUAUGGUGUGCUUGGUACCAAAGAGUUACUGCAGCGAACCUAUAAGAACUUAGAACAAAAGGUGCAACUUGAGUGUGAUGGACAAUACAUUCCCCUACCUAGUCUCCAGGGCAUUGCUGUAUUAAACAUUCCCAGCUAUGCUGGAGGAACUAACUUUUGGGGCGGUACAAAAGAGGAUGAUAUUUUUGGUGCACCCUCAUUUGAUGACAAGAUCUUGGAAGUGGUGGCUGUGUUUGGAAGUAUGCAGAUGGCAGUGUCAAGAGUUAUCAAACUCCAGCAUCACCGAAUAGCCCAGUGUCGGUCUGUGAAGAUCACCAUUCUGGGAGAUGAGGGCGUACCGAUACAGGUAGAUGGAGAAGCAUGGAUCCAGCCACCUGGGGUUAUCAAAAUUGUGCACAAAAACAGAGCACAGAUGUUGACAAGAGAUCGAGCAUUCGAGAGUACUCUGAAAUCUUGGGAAGACAAACUCCGGUAUGACUCCUGCAGGCCUGCUCUUCGGCCACACCUGUACCCUCAACAGUCUGUGGACCUGGCUACGGAAGAGGAGGCCACCCAGCUCCAGCUCUGUGCUCAAGCAGCUGAGGAAUUAAUCACAAGAAUUUGCGACACAGCCAAAACCCACAGCCUUCUGGAGCAAGAGCUGGCUCACGCUGUCAACGCGAGCUCGCAUGCACUAAACAAAACCCAUCCAAAGUUUCCAGAGAGUCUUACCAGAAAUGCAGCAAUUGAGAUAGCCAGCAAUGUGAAGGCACUGCAUAAUGAAACAGAAUCAUUGCUCGUUGGAAGAGUUCCUCUGCAACUAGACUCACCUCAGGAAGAGCAGCUGUCAACAGCAUUACACCUUGUGGAUGUUGAGCUGGGAAAGCUUGCAGAGAUUCCAUGGCUUUAUCACGUGCUGCAGCCAACAGCUGAAGAGGACCAUUCAUUGGAAUUUGCCAAAAGAAACAGUCGAAGUGCUAUGUUCAGAAUUGUGCCAAAGUUUAAGAAAGAGAAAAGCCAAAGGCAUAAGGCAACUCCUCAGCCAGUUCAAAAAUGGGGCACAGAUGAAGUUGCUUCUUGGCUGGAGCUGCUCAGCUUGGGAGAAUACAAAGAACGCUUCAUCCGUCAUGACAUCCGAGGCUCUGAGCUUUUGCACCUGGAAAGGCGUGAUCUGAAGGAUCUGGGGAUAACGAAAGUGGGCCACAUGAAGCGAAUUCUCCAGGGAAUUAAGGACCUCAGCAAAAACACUUCUAUGCCAGAAGUGUAGCUGUUCUGGUGCUAUCUCAGAAAAUAGUGGAACAUUGUACAGACUUCUCCGGGGAGUCUGGUGACACUCUGCAGGUUUUCCACUCGGUAGGAUUUGUGACCUUGCUGCGUCACAAAGUGCAAUGUUCAGGAGUUUGCUUCAGUUAAUAUAUUCUUUUUCUAACCUUAAACUGUCUUGAGUUUCACUGAGGGUUUUGUGCCAACAUAUUGACCCUCAGCAGCCAUUUUAGAUUGUUUUAAUGUGACAAGUCCUAAUAUGCAUCGGUAAACAUUGGUUUACACUGAACUGCGUAACCCUCCUGGAAACAAGGAUGCUGCAAAAUGGUAAAUAGGUGCAAAAUAUUUCAGGACUUCCUUCCGCGAGGGCCGUGGAUCCAAAAACGGCUUGUUUUAUCGCAGUUACAUAUCAAUUUCAUGCAGAUUAAUUGCCUUUAUUGCUUUAGAAGGUGGAAUUGGUUUGUAUCCUGUACAAUAUUUGGAGCAAAUGCUCCCAUCAGUGUUUCUUGACCUGUGAAUACGGUCUGCGGAGCAUAUCACUCAGUGACCAAGGCAUCUAAUCCAGACUGAUGUAGGAAGCACAUGCAGUGUAGCAUGCAUGCAGAUUAUACCGCACAGUGUGCCUGCUUGAACUCUUUCUAG